AUGCCUAGGAGUGUUGUCACUGCGCUUCUGCGAACCUCCGUGGGCUGGCCGCAGCAGACGCUGUCGACUGCUGUCCGGUGCAAUGCCCCUCUAUCACGCGCUCUUCAUUCUUCACAGUACAAGGCGGCCGUUGCGCAUCCUAUCACCGCUCAUGGUCCUCCACCCAAAGCUCCCUCGCCGAUCCCUGACUUCAGCCAGCCGUCCGAACAGCAAACAGACAGCAAGGAAAUUCGGCGGGAAGGAGAAUCACGUCCGUCAAUCAAGAAGCCCAAAGCGCUCAAGAAGCGCUUCUGGAAGGAUGUGGAUGUUCAGAAGAAGCAAGGAGGGGAUUACCAAGUUCUACUAGACGCACGGCCAGUUCGGACCCCCGCGAAAAGCAUUCUGUCUAUACCGUCUUCGAAGCCACACCUUGCUCAUGCGAUUGCCCUCGAGUGGGAUGUGAUGAACACCGCUCAACAAGCGUUGAAGAACCACAUGAUUCCGUUGACGUCGCUCACCGCGCGCGCUGCCGAUAUAGUGCAAGAGGAUUCCGAGGAUGUAGCAACAGUGCGAAACCAAAUAGUGAAAACCGCAAUGGACUACCUGGAAACGGAUACUUUACUGUGCUGGGUUCCCGAACAAACGGAAUUUCCCGCGGAUGAUGUGGAUGAAAAUGGGCAAAAGCGCGAAACCCUCCGAGAGGCCCAGAUGAGGGUUGCCAAUGAUAUUAUUGCGUUUCUAAGCACCAAGGUAUGGCCCGGCAUCGAUAUUGUGCCAGUGUUGGAUGGAGAUAGUAUCUUUCCGGCUUCGCAGGCCCAGGCGACAAAGGAAAUUAUUGAGCAUUGGAUUCGAGGUCUCGAGGCUCAUGAUCUGGCCGCGCUCGAGAGAGGGAUCCUGGCGUCCAAGAGCUUACUGGUUGCCGCAAGAUUAGUGACGGAGUGGAGUGAGAACUUCCGCGCGCUCCAAAGCUCGGGGCAAAAGAAGUUUGGGAUUGAGGAGGCUGCAGAGGCAUCUAGUCUCGAAGUCCGGUGGCAGACGGACAUGUGGGGUGAGGUCGAGGAUACUCACGAUGUCGACAAGGAAGAUCUCAGGCGACAGCUCGGGAGUGUGAUUCUUCUGGUAAGCGGCGAGACAAGGUGA